AAGAAAAUUGAACACAAGAGAAUGUUCAUCCUAGGUGGUGUUGCCUAUGAGCAACAGGUAAGCACAGACCAAGAACACCUAGAAGAAACUGGAACAACCAUGGCACCAAGAACAAGAGACAGUCUCAUCUCCUGGUGGAAACUGAAACCUCAUUGCCUGGUUUAUCUACUGCUGGCACUCUCUUACCUGCUGAUCAUCAUAUUGUUUGGGAUUGUGAUCUCCAAUGAAUUGAAGCUUCCUUCAGAAGUGAAAAAACUGCAUACACAGCUUCAGAUAAAUAAUGAGUUGUUCCCAUGUGGCUCUAGAAGCAGGGAAUGGGAAUACUUCCAUGGUGGAUGUUACUUCUUCUCUGUCCAAGAUGCUACAUGGCACACAGCUAAGGAUCACUGUGAAGAAAAGAAUUCAACCCUGGUGGUCAUUCAUGAUUUGCCCAAGCAGAAUUUCCUCCAGUCUCGAACCAGGGGCCAUCGCCACUGGAUUGGACUCACUGAUGAGAAUAAUGAAGGACAAUGGAGAUGGAUUGAUGGCACCAGUUACAGAACCAGCUUCAAGAACUGGAAAACAGGUGAGCCCAAUAAUUAUGACAGGGGAGAAGACUGCGCCCUAAUGGAUGGACCUGGGAUUUGGAAUGAUAUGUCCUGUAACUCUAAAGCCUUCUAUGUGUGUGAGAAACCUUUGCCUUCAUGAAGAACCAUAGUGGAGGUGUGGGACCUGCUUUGGCAUGCCUUUCUGGCUACAGAGAACAGUAGCAAAAAGACAGGUCCUGCUCCCACAACCAACUUGUUUGUUCAGAUUACCUGAGAAGAAUGCUGCACAGCUUAAACUGAUUUUUUUCUCUAAGUACUGUUAUAGAAGGUUUACCCUGAUGAAACCCACUCAGCUCAGUGGACCUACCGAUCAUCAGUCUUUAACUGCUUAUAUGCCUUGAUGGAUUUCUCUGCAAAUUCCCUUGGGAGAUUUAUCAUAUACUCAAGCUUAGGGGACCAGAUCAAAGUAUGAUCAAAAUAAAAAGCAUUCAGGAAUGGUAUACUAUUGCCUUCUUUUGUGACUUACUAGUUCCUUUAGCUAUUGGGACUGAUUGGCAUGCUUUGCCUCUACACCACCUAAAGCUUUCCUGAUGCGAAACAUGAAGAAUUCUUGAGAAAUUCAGUGUUUUCUACCUACAUAGGAGCCUGUGGUUUCAAAUAGGAAGAAGACAUGCUGAAUUCCAAGGAAACAUCUUCUUUGAAUUGCAAAUAGACAUUAAAUUUCCUUGACUUUGAAAAUCUACCAGUGACCGCAUGGCCAAAGGGAGAGGUGCCAGCCUGCAGAUAGCCCUCCCUACCAUUU